AUGCUUCCGAGGAUCACACUUCUGCUGUCGGCAGCUACUACGUUUGUGGCGGCGCAGGACGCGCCCGACCCGACGUACGGCGGUGCGCUCUACGCGUUCAAGGCCUACGUGUCGCCGCUCGUGUUGCCCCAGGUACUCGACAUGACGGCCGGCGGCUCGCUCCAAAUGAACAUCGGACAAGUCGACAACCAUGCGUGGGGCAACGGUAUUCCGACGACCGCCGUCUACGGCUACGGCGUCGCCGGUCGUAAUGUGUCGCACCCGGGCCCGACGAUCCGCGUCAAGAAGGGCGUGCCCAUCAACGUCGAGUGGUUCAACACGCUGGGUAGCUCGACGCACCUCCUCGGCCGGUACAUUGAGCCGACGCUGCUCCGGUCGACGUCGGCGUGCUUUCCCAACUGCGGCAUUCCCGUCAUCACGCACGUCCACGGGCUCGAGUCGCCACCGCAGUACGACGGUCUCCCGCACUACUCGAUCUACAAGAACCAGUCGUUCAACGCCGUGUACAACAACAAGCAAGGCGCGUCGACGAAAAUGUACCACGAUCACGCGAUCGGCCUCUCGCGCCUCAACGUGUGGGCGGGUCUCUUUGGCCUCUACAUCAUCGAGGACCCUGUGCUUGACGCGUCGUACAACCUCGCCAACAUGACCGACAUCCCGCUCAUGAUCGCCGACAAGAUCAUCGACCCGAGCGGCAAGCUCCUCUACACGAGCGUCGUCACGUGUCCAACCACGGGCACGCUCUGGAUGUCCGAGUCGUUUGGCGCUGUCAACACGGUCAACGGCGUCGUCAUGCCGUACCUCGAGGUCGGCCAGGAAAUGGUCCGCUUCCGCAUUGCCAACAUGGCCAACUCGCGCCACUACGACGUGCAGCUGCCGUUCGCCGACAAGUGCAAACUCAUCGCGGUCGACUCGGGCUACGUGCAGACGCCGAUGCCGGUCAAUGCGUCGACGACGCUCUUCUCGCUCGAGCGCAUCGAGGUCGUGUGCGACUUUACCAGUGUUCCCAACGGCACGACUUUUGAUAUUAUCGACGGCGCCAACGACAUUGCCUCGUCCUACACGUACGACCCGCGCGUGCUGCAGGUCCGCGUGGUAGCCAAGGCGUCGACGCCGGCCAAGGCCGUGACGCUUCCGAGUCGCAUGACCAAACUCAAGGACCUCCAAGCCUUGUACAAGUCGACGAACGGCAAGCUGCGCACGAUCACGAUCGGUGAAAUGACCGACAUGAGUCUCUGUCCGACGCAGUCGAUCUUGACGCAGUACGGCCAAGUCACGAAUGUCUCGACGAUCACCAACAAGCUCAUGUGCACGCGCGGCAAGGUCGAGAAAUGGCAGUUCAAGAACCCGACCGACGACACCCAUCCGUUCCAUUGGCACCUCGUCAACGUCCAGUGCGGCCCGGACGACGACCACAUCAACAAGAACGAGCUCAAGGACGUGUACGUGAUCCCGAACGGCCCGCUCGAAGACCGGACUCGCAUCACGCAGGUCUGCUACGUGGCGUGCACGCCCGACGAGUUCCUUCUGGAAGGCAGUACGCGCGCGGCAGACGACUAUGGCUUCUCGACCGACGAGCCGUACCUCGCGCACUGCCACAUCAUGGAGCAUGAAGACAACAGCAUGAUGGCGUGGUUCCAGCUCAUGAAGGAAGACGAUACGAACCCGAUCGACGACGGCACGGUGGUCUCGUCGACGCCAGAGCUCACGAAUGCGAUCAUCUGGUCCGCCAUCGGCAUGAGCUUUGUCGGAGGCAUGGCCACGACCUUGUCCGUGCUUGUUAUUUCGAUCCCGCGCCUCAAUUUCAUGGCUGGCGACAAGGCGCUCGCCAUGACGUUUGCGCUCUCGGCCGGUGUCAUGCUCUUCAUCUCGCUUGUCGAUCUCUUCAACGAGUCGAUCAUCAGCUUUCGCAACGCAUGGGCGGUCGGCGGCUCGGAAGGCGUCGACCCAGAGCUCAUCGAGCAAGGGCUGGCGCCGCCCGGCACCGUGGCCCCCGUGUGCGACCCGACGUGUGUCGGCUACGCGUGGCUGGCGACGACCGGCUGCUUCUACGGCGGCAUUGCGAUCAUCUUGCUGCUCGAGAUCAUCGUGCACCGCGUGUUUGACUACCACACGAAGGACCUCGCGACGCUGGGCACCCACGGCCACGACCACCAGGACGAGCACGAGCUCAUGGCAGGCGCCGUCGAAGUUCGCACGCCGACGGGCAAGGAGGUCGCCGACGACGGCACGCCAUUGAGCUCCGAGCCCGACGACGCAGAGAACGGCGAGGCGAAGAAGUCGGAGCUGCGUCGCGCGGGUAUUCUGACGGGUAUCGCGAUCGCGAUCCACAACUUUCCCGAGGGCAUCGCGCUCUUUGUCGCGUCGCUCCAAGGGCUCAAGACGGGCCUCGUGCUUGCUAUUGGUAUCACGUUGCACAACUUCCCUGAAGGUGUCGCGAUCGCUGCGCCCGUCUACUAUGCGACCAACAGCAAGAAGCAAGCGUUCUUCUGGACGGCGCUCAGCGGCAUCGCGCAGCCGUGCGGUGCGUUCAUCGGGUGGGCGACGGUCUCGGGCGGUGUGACGCCGCUGCUGUCAGCAACUUUGUACGGCUUUGUGUCGGGCAUGCUCGUGUGCAUCACGAUGAAGGAGCUCGUGCCCGGCGCGUUCAAGUUUGGCGGUCACCGCUUCCUCGCGUCGUUUGCGCUUGGCGUCGGGAUCAUGGCCAUCAGUCUUGUGAUCCUCAAAUUUGUCGGCAGUAGUUAA